AUGUACGGCAGUGCCAGAGCUGUAGGCCAUAUAGAGAGCAGCCCCGCACGGUCCCCGCGCCUGCCAAGGUCCCCCAGGCUGGGCCAUCGGAGGGCCAACAGCGGGGGUGGGGGCGGAGGUGGUGCGGGGGGAAAGACGCUCUCUAUGGAGAACAUCCAGUCACUCAAUGCUGCCUAUGCUACUUCGGGGCCCAUGUACCUGAGCGACCACGAGGGCUUGGGCUCCACUGCCACCUACCCAAAAGGCACUAUGACUCUGGGUCGCGCCACCAGCCGGGCCAUGUACGGGGGCCGCGUCACAGCCAUGGGCAGCAGUCCAAACAUCGCUUCAGUGGGGCUUCCCCAUGGUGACCUUCUGUCUUACAGUGACCUGGGCUCCCUCUCCAUGCUACACCAUCACCACCACCACCAGGGGGUUCCCUCUGCACUGCUGAGGCAGGCGGUACGGGGAAGUGGUGGGGAGCUGCUGGAGAUGCAGGUCCAGUUCAGGGACAUGCAGAGGGAGAAUGAGCUGCUGCGCCGUGAGCUUGACCUAAAGGACAGUAAGUUGGGAUCUUCCACAAACAGCAUCAAAAGCUUUUGGAGUCCUGAGCUGAAGAAGGAGAGGAUAAUGAGGAAAGAAGAGGCGACUCGCACAUCAAUCCUUAAAGAGCAGAUGAGAGUCACACAUGAGGAUAACCAGCAUCUCCAGAUGACUAUCCAGGCUCUUCAGGACGAGCUGCGCACACAACGAGACCUAAACCACCUGCUGCAGCAGGAGGGCCGCUCCGCUUCCGACCACUACACCACCAUCGAGCUGACAGAGGAGAACUUCCGUCGGCUGCAGGCCGAACACGACAGGCAGGCCAAGGAGCUCUUCUUGCUGAGAAAGACACUUGAGGAGAUGGAGCUGAGGAUCGACACCCAGAAACAGACACUUGGAGCCAGGGACGAAUCCAUUAAGAAGCUGCUGGAGAUGCUGCAGAGCAAAGGGCUGCCCCCGGGGAUGGGCAGGGUGUCAGAGGAGGAGGAGCAGGAGAGGGCGAGGCGCAUCGCUGAGGCAGAGGCCCAGCUCGGACACCUGGAGGUCAUUCUGGAUCAAAAGGACAAGGAGAACAUCCAUCUGCGAGAGGAACUACACAGAAGAAAUCAGCUGCAUCAGGAUCCAAGCAAAACCAAGGCCCUGCAGACCAUCAUAGAGAUGAAAGACACCAAAAUUGCCUCUCUGGAGCGCAACAUCCGAGAUCUGGAGGAUGAGAUUCAAAUGCUGAAGGCGAACGGCUUACUGAACACAGAGGACAGAGAAGAGGAGAUCAAACAGAUGGAGGUCUACAAGAACCACUCUAAGUUUAUGAAGACCAAGAUUGACCAGUUGAAGCAGGAGUUGUCAAAGAAGGAGUCGGAGCUGCUGGCUCUGCAGACCAAACUAGAGACCCUCAACAACCAGAACUCAGACUGCAAACAGCAUAUUGAGGUGCUAAAGGAGUCUCUCACUGCCAAGGAGCAACGUGCUGCCAUCCUGCAAACGGAGGUGGAUGCUCUACGUCUGCGUCUGGAGGAGAAAGAGUCCUUUCUGAACAAGAAAACCAAGCAGCUGCAGGACUUGACGGAGGAGAAGGGCACUCUCGCCGGAGAAAUCAGGGACAUGAAGGACAUGCUGGAGGUCAAAGAAAGAAAGAUCAAUGUCCUGCAGAAGAAGAUUGAGAACCUGCAGGAGCAGCUGCGGGACAAAGACAAGCAGCUGGGGAACCUGAAGGACAGGGUCAAGUCUCUGCAGACCGACUCCAGUAACACAGACACUGCCCUGGCCACCCUGGAGGAGGCGCUGUCAGAGAAGGAGAGGAUUAUAGAGCGUUUAAAGGACCAAAGGGAGAGGGAAGACAGAGAACGUCUGGAAGAAGUGGAGUCAUAUAAGAAGGAGAACAAGGAUCUGAAGGAGAAGGUCAACAGCCUGCAUAUAGAAUUAACAGAUAAAGAGUCCAGUCUCAUCGAUUUAAAGGAACACGCUUCAUCGCUGGCAUCCUCUGGCCUCAAGAGGGAUUCAAAGCUCAAGUCACUGGAAAUUGCCAUUGAGCAGAAAAAAGAGGAGUGUAGUAAGUUGGAGACGCAGUUGCAGAAGAAAGCCCAUGAGGUGGAGCUGCAGUCCGGCCCCAGAGGGAACCCAGAGUACGUGGACCGAGUGAAGCUGCUGGAGAAGGAGGUGAGCUACUACAAGGACGAGGUCAACAAGGCUCAGACAGAGGUGGAGAGACUCCUGGACAUCCUGCGAGAGGUUGAGACUGAGAAGAAUGACAAGGAUAAGAAGAUUGCUGAGUUGGAAAGUCUAGCUCCCAGACAAGGAGGCAAAGACCUGACAAAGAAGGGUCCAAACAUCAAACUGGGACCACAAGGGGAAAAGAAAGGCUUAGGACAAGACCCUCGUAAAGACAGCUCCAUGGACAGUGGCCACCACGUAAAGUUGGAGGAGCUGAUGAACACACUGGAAAGGACGAGGCAGGAGCUGGAUUCCACCAAGCAGCGUCUCUCCUCCACACAGCAGUCGCUACAGGAGAGAGACGGCCACCUCACCAACAUGAGACAGGAGCGCAGGAAACAGCUGGAGGAGAUACUGGAAAUGAAGCAACAAGCUUUGCUGGCAGCCAUCAGUGAGAAAGAUGCUAAUAUUGCACUGCUGGAACUGUCUGCGUCCAAUAAAAAGAAGACCCAGGAGGAGGUGCUGUCUCUCAAGAGGGAGCGGGACAAACUGAUGCACCAGCUCAAACAACAUACACAAAGCAGAAUGAAGCUGAUAGCUGACAACUACGAAGAUGAGCAAUAUCAUCCACAUGGUCCUCACCACCCCCCGACUCAGCCUCCGCACGUUCAGCCCCAGCCUCAGCCGCAGUACCCCCACACUCCCCACGCUCCUAAUGCUCCUCAUGCUCCUCAAGCUCCCCACGCUCCCCAUGCUCCCCAUGCUCCUCAAGCUCCCCACGUUCCUCAUGCUCCUCAUGCUCCCCACGCUCCCCAUGCUCCUCAAGCUCCUCACGCCCAGCAGACUCCAUAUUCACACUCCAUGCAUCCGCAACACCCACAACACCCACAGGCACCCCAACAGCAUCCUCAGCAGCCACAACCCCAGUACACUCACCCACCUCAUCCACAGCACCCUCAGCAGCACGCUCAGCACCCCCAACCACCUCCCCAGCAUCAACAGCACCCACGCACCCCCCAGCCCCAACACCCUCACCAACAGCACCCACAGCAUCCUCCACAGCACCCACACGGACACCCUCCUCCGCAGCACCCUCACCCUCAGCACCCUCAUGGCCCUCCACAACAAGGACCCCACCCCCAGCAUCCACAUCCCCAGCACCCUCAGCACCCUCAGUACCCUCAACACCCUCAGCACCCGCACCACGCCCAGCAUCCACGUCACCCAUCGCCCCACCAUCGCGGAGGGCCGGCCCGAGGACCCCCACAUGCUGGUCACCGCCCUGCCCCGGACCAGGAUGACGACGAGGGCAUUUGGGCAUAAUGCUGUGACAACCAAAGCUCUAAUAUUGUUUUGAGGGAUGAUUCAGUCACUACUGGGAGCACAGCCAUGCCAUCAUGUUGAAACACUACCCGACCAAACAUUUAUUACCUCCACUCAAUAAACGCUCAGCAAUGGGACCUUUGUUUAUCUACCGGGGAAGAGGAGGCGGCACUCAGGUGUGCAGGUCACUGACAGCUUUGCAGACGUCAUCUACUUCCUCAGCACAGGAUCUCAGAUACGGAACUGAAUUGGAAGGAAAUAGACAGAUGUUGAUGCUGAUGGAGAGAAAGAUGUGCUGUGUGUUACAUCUCUUGAGGCCAACAACGCCCUCUUGAUACCUCCCGGCAAAGAUCCAGCCCAGUAUUUGUUCCUCAUCCUUCUUCCUGUGGUUGACCCAAGAUCAUGGUUGUCUUGCUGUCUGUUUCACCUGCCUGACUGACUCCUCUGGCUCCGGUUGGCUCCUCUACCUGACUCUUUCAUGGUUUCUCGAUCCUCACUGCCCUGCUGACCAACCUGGUGACAUCUGACCCCUCUACCUGGCUAUCAUGACCCUCAUGACUCUUCUGUAGUUUUAAUCAUCUGAUUGUGUUGAUGAGCUAUUUCACUCUGAUUUUACCUUAAUACCUGACCAACAUCAGCAUUUCUGAAAGAGAUAGUGGUUUUUUUUGUCAUUUCUUCUGUGCUGAGUAAUAGUCCGCCUUUAGCCUUGCCUGCAGCAUCGGUGGUUUCCUCUGCUACACGAGCUCCUGGAUUUUUUUCUAGCCUCAAGGCUCUGGUUUCCAUUCAUCUUUCUCUUCAUGUUUACCUCAUUUUAAUCAGUAGUCAAAAUAAUCAAUCUAUGCAGAUGUCAGUCUAGAGUGAUUAAAUGUAUUAAUCAAAGUGUAAUUAACCAUUCAAUCAGAGCAGCCAAGAGAGUGGUCAGAAACUACUCAUCAGUCAGAUUAUUUUUAAGUUUCUGAGCCUAUGCACCUCCUCCGUGUUGCAGGAAUUUUUACUAAUGGUGCUUCUUGCUGGUGCUUAAACUAAAUGGUGUCAGAAGACCUGGUCAAGAACAUCUUUUAGUCCUUUUACAGGAGAGGGACUUGAUCCAAUAAUGGGCUUCACAAACGACUGUAAAAAGACUGCUUUGUACAUACGAUUUGACCUUUGGGGUUCUGUGAGCAACGAUCACUUCAAGACCCACAGGGAGGAGAUUUCCCUCUAUGAAUACUGCUACUAUAAAUACAUUAUAGACUAUAAAGUGGAGGAUGUUCAAUAGAUGUUUCCCUGCAGGUCCAUUUGUACUAUUGACAGCCCAGUAUCUGACCCACAGUAUGCUCCUGCUCGCCUCUCCCUGGUAAUUCUCCUCUUCCAGCAGUCGUCUGUGUGACCUCCCCAAACAUAGUGACUUGUUUUCUCCUUCUCAACAAGGAGGCCUGUGCCUCGUAAAAAAAAACUGUACACAAACAUGAUAGAUAUGCAUAUAUUAUACAUAUAGAGAGAAAUCUAUAGUGUGUGUAUACGUGGUCAGAAAAUCGUUUCAAACUGACAAGAUAAUAUGUUUUUUUUUCUUCAUGGUUAUUUUUCUAACUGGCUGGAGGUCAGAGAGACGUCUUAUCUAGAGAGUUGAGUGGUGUGAUUUUCCUCUGAAUUGUACAUGAAUAAACCCCCUCAACAGCAAGUAACAUUCCCUGUCUGAAAACACAGGACAGCCCAAAAAUAAAAAAAUAAGAGCUUUAGAGCAGUUUAUGUGAAAUAGACAAGUAUAUCCAAAUCUAUCUAGAAGUCUAGUAAAGAUGACAUUAUUACAUUCCUUUCUUCAAUGUGAAAACAUUUAGUUGAACACCGCUUGUGGUGACAACUUUGAACAAUGAAAAAAAGACUGAAACUUGCAGCUCACAUAAGUAGCAAUGAGAUUAUGUCUGUUGCCCUCAGCAGUCAGAAACGUGCACUUGUGAGUGAGGACUAUCACAUUUAACAUCCCAGUGGAGGUUUGAGUGACUCUGUCGAAAUGCAUUUCUUUCGCGUGUUUGUCGUCGUUGUCGUCUUGUAAACAGAAAUGGUGACAUAUGUGACUGUGACAGCUGAUUAAGUAGAAAAACCAACACGCAUUGUUGCAGUGUAGUGGAAAAUGGAAUUAGACCGUUUCAAGACAAUCCCCUACUUCCUCUCCCUCCACUCAUGAUGCCGGUGUGUUUCACUUAUAUGGCCAAGUGUUGAUUGUUGUAUAUAAAUGUCUUUCCAUCUACCCAUCCUCCACAAACCGACGUGACCCAUGCAUCACCCGUUGUGUCCGCUUCACAUGUGAACCUUUACAGCUCAUGUCACUUACCAAGAAUCAACCAAUAGUGUGAAACUUUUGUGUUUACAACUGUUAAGAGAAAAGUCCUGAUUUGGAUUUUUUUUUUUUUAAAGGAAAGACAAUGCAAGCAGACAGAGGAGCAAAAAUCUUCUCACUUCACCAUCAGGGGGGCGGAGUAUGAAUCCUCCAUUUUCAGGUCCUUAACUACUGAAUACUUGAAGUAGGGGGUUCUCCUACCAUGAAAUACCAUUUAUAAUUUACAUGGUAGAAAACAUGAAACAAUUAAUUUGUGCCCAUGCAUGUUGAAUUUUACAUAAGGUGCCAACUGAAAGCGAUGAUGUAAGGAUAAUCUCCUGUUCUCUAUGCAGAGCGAUUUCUUAACUGUUGUAUCAGAAAAAGGUUUAGGAGACACAGAGGCUUAGAGGCUGGGGCUGGUUUCCUAGGCUUAGACGAAAGACUAAUCCUGGUUGUGAAUGACAUCGCACUCAGUGUGAGGUGGAGUCAAGAAGUCAAGUGUGCAUCUGUGCCUAGAAGCAGCUGUAUAGAAAGACUUGAGUUGAAAGGUCUGUAGGUUCACCAGUAAUUCUCAAAGGCCUUCGAGAAAAAAAGCAUGAAAAGCCUAACACAUAUUUUCACUUUAUUGUUGUAUACAAGCUGUUUUUCUUUUAAUAUGUUGCUGAACCUUUGGAUCAAACAAAUCACUGUGACCAAUGCCAGAAACAUUUUUGUUGUGACAGAACAAACAUUGUUUACUUUUUUAUUACUUUUUGUAUUUAAGUUAGCUUUAUUUUUACUAUUGUUUAAUCUUACCGAAUAUGCCAGUUUGAGACUGUACUAUUUGUAUAUGUAAAUGUUUUGAGCUGUACAGUAAAGACCUAGAAACAAGUUAAAUGUGAGUGUCCAGCAUGCUGAAUGAUUACUUGUGUGAACGUGAGCUAAUCUCCCAUGAAGCAUCAUUCCUCGUUCAUUACUUGCAUCUGCAUCGUGCAUUGUGACGGUGUGAUGUUGUGUUUGAGAGUGACGUGUGUGUGUGUCUCACUUACUGUGUCCCCUUAGUAGACAGCCUGUGCAGUUUUGUGAGAGUACAGCAUGUUUAUGCGGUUGCUUGUGUAAAUGUAUUCAGAAAAGAGAGAUGUGUGCGUGUGCAUAGCUGCAUUUAUGGAUCUGUGUGUGUGUGUGUGUGUGCGUGCUAUGAAUGCAUCAGAGAAAAAUCUAUUUAAAAAAAACUAUCAGAGGAAGUCCCUAAAGUUAAAAAAAAAAAAGCAAGAGAGUCAAAGUUUUGAAUGAAGCAUGGAUACUCUGUGAUGUUGUCUGUUUUUUAAACCUAGGAGGCUGUCCUCAGUGACCCAGUUUGCUAUUGUAUGUGCUGUAUCAGAAUAUUACUAUUGAGUGUUGGCCAGCUUGUUUAUAUCCAUCAAAUAAAGGUGACUUUC